GGCAAGAUAGAAAGCUGGACACGAAGCCAAAAGCGCCUCGGGAAGGCAGAAGCGUCCCAUCGCGCGCCUGCUCUCCCAACGCUGUGCCCACUGCGCCCGCCUAUUUGCCUGAAGCUGCCUCGCGCUGAGGCGCCAGCGACCCCCCUCGCUGAAAGCAUUAGCAGCCGCGGUUGGCUUCGCCCCCCACCCAGCCGAGGGGAGCUGCUUCUGGAGCGGCAUGGCCAGGGGGAGGCGAGGGAGCAAGGCGGUGGCAUCCUUCUGCCUGGCCUGGGCACUCUGCUUGGCUCUCCCGGGCUUCCCGCAGCCUGUGGGUGGCCGAGACGACAGAGCGGACUGGACCCAGGAGAAGUAUUCCCAUCGCCCAACCAUUUUAAAUGCAACCAGCAUCCUGCAAGUCACCUUACAGACAAAUGUUAAUCGCAUGUGGCAAAAUGACCUCCAUCCAAUCUUGAUUGAGAGAUAUCCAGGAUCACCUGGGAGUUAUGCUGUGCGGCAGCAUAUCAAGCAUCGCCUGCAAGGAUUACAGGCUGGCUGGGUUGUUGAAGAAGAUACAUUUCAGAGCCAUACUCCUUAUGGAUACCGCACCUUUUCAAAUAUAAUCAGUACUCUCAAUCCCCUUGCCAAGCGCCAUCUGGUGCUUGCCUGCCAUUAUGACUCAAAAUAUUUUCCACCGCAACUGGAUGGUGAAGUGUUUGUUGGAGCCACCGACUCAGCUGUGCCUUGUGCAAUGAUGCUAGAAUUGGCAAGGUCCUUGGACAGACAGCUUUAUAUUCUGAAGCAAAGCAGCUUAUCUCCCAAGGCAGAUCUUUCUCUGAAGCUUAUUUUCUUCGAUGGUGAAGAAGCUUUUGUUCGAUGGUCCCCUUCUGAUUCCCUGUAUGGCUCUCGAUCUUUGGCCCAGAAAAUGGCAUCUACUCCUCAUCCACCAGGUGCCCGAAACACAAAUCAGAUUCAAGGCAUUGAUCUUUUUGUGUUAUUGGAUUUAAUUGGUGCGCGAAACCCUGUUUUUCCUGUUUACUUCUUGAACACAGCUCGAUGGUUUGGGAGACUUGAAGCAAUUGAACGAAACCUUCAUGAUUUGGGUUUGCUAAAUAAUUAUUCUCCUGAGAGACGGUACUUCCGGAGUAAUUUACGCCGACAUCCAGUUGAGGAUGACCAUAUUCCAUUUUUGAGAAGAGGUGUCCCAAUCCUACACUUGAUACCAUCACCUUUCCCCAAAGUAUGGCACACUAUGGAGGAUAAUGAAGAGAAUCUUGAUAAGCCAACUAUUGACAAUCUUAGCAAAAUUCUGCAAGUUUUUGUAUUGGAAUAUCUCAGCCUGGGAUAACUGUUACCCUUAAAUUGAUACUUUGUUCUGAACACUUCACCAGCCUCUGUUUAGGAUUCUUCCAAGAAUAGGCCUUUACUGUAGAUAUAGCAGUCAGACCUCCUAAUUUAUGUCUUGCCCUUGACAAAAACUGAAAGAAAGACUAUGCAUCCAGAUUUAAUAAUGCUAGUGAAGUUUUAAAGUUUAUUCCCAAGCAACAAAUACCUGGCAGUGUAAAAGCUAAUUAUGCUAUUAUGAGAAGCAGGAUGAAAAAAAAUAUCAAAAGAAGCACUUUUAAUUUAAUCCACUUUUUAAUUUAAGAAUUAAUGGGAAGCCUUUACACAUCUUAGGUAUUAACUUAUUUUUAUUAAUCUUUAAUAUCCAUAUUUCAUAAUUUGACUACAGCAACGUUUAGAAGAACAAAGUACUAUUAAGUAUCUCAGGGUGAGAAUCUAAGCACCUUUGGCUUGCCAAUUCACACACGUGCAGAAGACAAGGGCUGCAAAAUACACACCCACACAGAGUAUAUAUGUGGCUUAUUGUACUGUAAUAUUCUGCUGUUCAAAUUAUUCCCAAGUAUGGUUUGAGGUGCCAAUAUUGUCGUCUUCUGUAGCUGUGAGUGCCAAUAAAAACCAGGGAGUGACCGUGCCUGGACUACAGUUCUAAACCAGGUAUGGAAAUCAUCAGUCCACAUCACAUUAAAUCAUGUUGUUAAUAUA